AUGGUGCUACUCAAGUUUAAAAAUCAAAGCGAUUAUGAAUUUGACUACGAAAAUGUUGGGAAGAUAUUUUUCUUUGAUUGGAAGCAAAUCGAAAAUCCGGUGAGUUGUUUCAAAACUUUUCAAAAUUCAUUUUAUCAGUCCAAAAAAAAAAUAAGCAGUCCCAAAUUUAUUUUGGGUCUGCAAAUUAUUUAUUGAACAUUUUGUGUUGUGCAAAUAAAAUGUGACAUAGUUCAGUGGUAAAACUCUCGAUUUUGAAUCUGAUGGUGACGAGUUCGAUCCCUCCUGCAUGCGAACUUUUUUUUUUUGUUUUUUCUAUUUUUGACACAAUCUUUUUAUUUGCUAAAUUCCAAUCAAAACCUACGUUUCUUGCAGUUCGAUAUUCUUCCAAUGGAAAUGAAAAUGAUGAUUUUCAUAUAUUUGGAUCCGGAAGACAUAACUCAAUUUGGAAAAUGCUCAAAAAGUUGUCAAGAAUUAUUCAAAUUAUUGCGACCAAAAAUCAAAAGUGUAUAUUAUCGAGGAAAUAUAGAAAUGAGCCAAGAAUGUUAUCUACGAAUCCAAUUUCAUAAAUAUCCGACGAAAAUAUACCAAAUAGAAUUGGAAACAAUCAAUUCGAAAAAAUUAUCGAGAAGAAAUAGGAUGAUUGAAUGUAAUGGAAUAAUCGUCGAAACUAUUGGAUCGAAAAAAUCAAAUACGAAAGGAUGCAGAUCCAGUAUUUUACUCACAAAGUUAGUUUUUUGUUUAAAAUUUAGUUUGAUCAAAUAAUGAACGUGUUUGGAAUUUUUACUAAAAAGUUAUGACGUCACAAAUCUCAAACCUUAAAGACACGUAGAAAGCUAGAAAUCGUUCAAAAAUCAUUAUUUGCAUAUUUUAUAUCAUCCUUCAAACAGUACAUAAACAAAAUUGAAAAAUAUUCGGUUAAGCGAAAGUCAAAAAGAAAUCGGCUUUUUUGAAAUCGCUCAGCCGACGCGAAAUUGGUGUUUGCACAAAUGUUCGUAAUUUGACGCACAUGUGUGCAUUCUUAGCAUACCGUACCACCACUUUUUUAUUUAUUUUUUGAAAAACGGCGCGCGUUCAAAUUUUUACGAUUGCGAGCACACAUUUCUAGUUUUUUACGUGUCUUUGAGAAAGAACAAAAAAAUUAGAAGUGUGUUUUUUUUUGCUGAGAUACAUAGAAAAAAUAAAACAUGUUUUUUCACGUGAAAUUGCGGACUGAUUGCUUUGACCGCAUGAAGCUAAUUUGCAAUUUUGCACUUUCAAAAUUUCAAUGGAAAAAAGAACGAAAUUGCUUUGACACGCGGAAAAACGUGAAAAUGACAUGGGCUUUCGAGUCUGCAAACACCGCUUCUAUUUUUUCUAUGUGCUGAGUCCACCUUCGGAUUUCGAAUCAAGAUAUCAUCACAGUUCGAUUCCAGCGGAAGGAAUUCAUAUUUUCAGAUUCACAAUAACACCACUAUCAAGAUAUCAAGAUACGAAACUACUAUUACAUCGAACAAAUCCAAAACAUCUUCAAAUUAAUGCUUUUGAAAUAUUCAAAAAUAUAAUUGAAUUUAACAAAUCAUCGAUUGAUGAAAUUACAAUUGAAGUAAAUCGUAUUGAAUCAAUUUACAUGAGAGCGAUUGAUAUUUAUUCGGAAAACUUGAAAAUAUUGCAAAUCGAUGGAAAUUUCACAGAUCAUCCACAAUUGAAUCAAUUUCUCUCAAUUGAAUUUGUUAGCAUGAAAAAUUUCAAAAUUAGCUCGCAACAUCUUCCAAUGAUAAAAUCAAAAGAUCUUGUGUUGCACAAAACAGUUAUGGACCAAACAUUGUAUAACGAGCUUUUGACAAAAUGGAGAGAUGGUUUGAUGGAAAAUUUGAGAAAAGUUACGAUGUUUGGAGAUGAUGAUUGGUUUCAUGAUUUGUUUGUUGAUAAUACGAUUCUUAGAGUUGUGAUGAAUGAAUAUGGAGAGUUAGUACAGAGGUGAGUUGAUAGAAUUCCAAAAACUUCCGAAGUACUCGAUCGAGUCACUUUUUCAAAAACGCCGUAAGAUUCAAAAAAAAUCUUCAUAUUUUUGCAGCAGUAUUGAUGAAAUAAGAUGUGAAGUUGUUGGUUCGCCAUCAGUUGAUUUUAAUAUCAAAGGAGUUUUGCUUGAUCAGAAUCAUCAUUGGCCUGUUCGAAUGUAUCUGAAACGAGACGAUUUUUAA